AUGAUGAGGAACUGGAUCGUGAAUUUCAUUCUUGUCCUUCAUCUGACGGCGCUGAUCGCUCUAACGGAGGGUAAAAAUGUAUACACGAAGCUGUUCAACCGUUGCGCGAACGAGAAGAACGCGUUCGACUGUCUGAAGCAGAGAGCAUUGGAGAUCCUCGAUUCAGCAGCGAAAGACGACUCGGUGUACGUGCUGAACGAUUACAUAUCCAUCGCCAGGGAUCCAGCUGCUGUCGCAAGGAGUGGCGAUCGAUCAUUUAAGGACGAAAAUGGGACCGAAUUGACGCUGGACGAGAAACUGGACGACAAGUUCCAUGAGUACUUGGCAUCCAGAAGUGUGAAACUCACGAUUCCUGGCGAUGCUUUUCAAGGUCGCAAGAAGAAGGACAAAGGCUACGGUGCUCUCAUGAUAGGCGCUCUUGCAGUGGGCGCGAUGAUGGCACAGUUGGCAUACGGUAAAAUCGCGUUCCUAGCGGGCACUGCUCUGCUUACCGCGAAAAUCGCCUUGGUACUGAGUGCUAUCGUUGGUCUGAAGAAGCUGGUGUCCAAUCAGGGAGGCGGCGGUCACGAGGUGAUCUAUGCGACCGGAUCGGAACACCAUGGAAGCUUCAGCGGCGGCGGCGGCGGCGGCGGUGGAGGCGGCGGUUACGGUGGCGGAUGGCAACGAACCAUCGAAGGCGUUCCUCCCACUUGA